UAUAAGAAGUGCAUCCUGAAGUUACAAGUUUGAGUACCUACAUUGACAAACAAUUCGAACAUCACCGAGAUUACAACACCUUGGAGAUCGGCCCAGAUCCUAUCAUCCGCCAACUUCCAGGAUCAAAUCAACCGGAACCGGCCCAGAACUCACUCAAAGAAAGCCCCAUCAUCUUCCGCCCGUUUUGCCUUGCCUCCACCCCUUCCGCAUGACGGAAUAUCGGGUGCGUUCCUGUUGAAGAAGGGAAAAAAGAAAAAGACGAUAAAGAGACCCGUACCCGCACCCGCCUUCCAAACCCCCUGGACCACCGAACUUUGCCCGCAGAACCCCCAAGCUAGCACCUAAUUUCUGCCAUCUUCCACACACGCGCGCGCGGGGAUCGGCCUUUUCAAUUGAACGACAACCCCUCCCCCUCACCCCUCCGUCCCGUCCGUCCACCACCACCACCACCACCACCGCCAACUCCAACACCACACCGUCACGAGCGAAACCUCAGCCUCGACCGCAACCUCAACUACCACCGCCACAACCACCACCACCUCUUGCGCACUCUCGCCUCUUCCUCUUCGCACCUCCCACAACGACCCCAUUCCGCACCGCCCUCUCCAUACACCAGCCGCAGCAAUGCCUUCCUCAACAAUAGACGAGUCAAAGUUCGACUCCAUUCCGGACGCCAUUGAGGCAUUCCGCAACGGAGAAUUCCUCGUCGUCCUAGACGACCCCUCCCGCGAAAACGAAGCAGACCUCAUCAUCGCAGCCGAGUCCCUCACCACAGCCCAAAUGGGCUUCAUGAUCCGCCACUCCUCAGGCUACGUCUGCGCGCCCCUCGCCCCCUCCCUGCUCCAGACCCUCAACCUCCCGCCCAUGGUCUCCGCAAACGAGGACCCCCGCGGCACAGCCUACGCCGUCUCCGUCGACGCCGCCGAUCCCCUCGUGACCACCGGCAUCUCCGCCCACGACCGCGCCCUCACCUGCCGCGUCCUCGCCGACCCGGCCUCGGGCCCCCGAGACCUCCGCAGACCGGGCCACGUCCUGCCGCUGCGCGCGCGCGAGGGCGGCGUGCGCGAGCGGAGGGGCCACACCGAGGCCGCGGUCGACUUCUGCAGGCUGGCGGGCAAGAAGGAGGCGGCGGCGAUUUGCGAGAUCGUCGACGACGGCGUCCCUGUCGAGGGGCAGGCCGUGCACGAGGAGCCUGGUAUGCUGAGGGGCGAGCAGUGCAUCGAGUUCGCGAGGCGGUUCGGGCUCAAGGUGUGCACUAUCGAGGCCCUGGUCAAUUAUCUCGAGAAGACGGAGGGUAAGCUGGCCGUCAACGGGUCGUCGUAAGUCGGCAUGCCAAUUGUCCGAUUUUUUCGUAGUCGGGUUCCGGGUCUGGGUGGACCGCGGCUUGAUGGCAGGUUCAAGUCACGUCUACUCGAUUGUUAGGUUCGAAUCGUUCCGAUCAGCUAGAGGGUUGAGCAAAGGCGAGAGGGCCACCUUCGCAAGGGGGAAGAAGAAUUUGCGGAGAACCGAGGCCAUACCCGCUUAGGAGAAGGCCAGAAAACCACCACUUUGAUGUUGCAAGAAAGGAUAUCCUGAGCCAUUGGGCCGGUGCGGCUAGUCACGGGGCAGUCGCACCGAGAAGAGAGGGAACGAGGAAGCGAGCAAGAUGGACAUUGCAUAGUGCGGUAUGUAUAUACAUUGGUAUAUCUUUGGACAUGGCGGGUUACUAUAAAAGACAAAUGGCUCAACACCACAAAACAACAUGGGCGCUGUACGGGUGCUCCGAAUUCUACUCCUCUUAUCUGCGUCACAUCUCAGUGGUACUGAAAUCUCAUACGCGGCGUCUAGUCGCAGCUGUCAAGUCCCAACCCAACGUUGGCAUUGCCUGCUUGCUUUCAGUUCAAAGCGAUGUACCAAAACUCAAUGGAGACCUCCCUGGGGACUGAGAGAUAAAAGGACGGGAUGGGUGGUAUCUCUACCGUCCUUAGAUCACGAAAGAUCAUCACUCGCGUAUCGCGCAAAGCUCCUCCCGAGCUGGUACACCGCCACAUAAACAAAAGAAAACCACACCAAUAACCUAUCUCACUGCGUCGCGUACGGAUCCUGAGACAUGAUCCCUUUGCAGCACAUAAAAACCCACCCUUCGCACUACACCUUGACAAACGGGCUGAACCCCUCCGCUGAAGU